GCAAGAGGCUUUUUUGUACUUGCAGUGGAGGUUACUAAAUACUAGACUGGAUGGUGCGGUCAAAUAUUCUCGGAACAAGUACAUUUUGGGGUAACUUUUUUUCUGAUGGCUUUAAGGAGGGCUUUCACUUAGAUAACACCCCCUUACAAGUCUGACAAAAACUUGAAUCCACUUGCCUCUGCCUGCUAGUGUUUGUCAGUGCGCGCACGAAGAGCGGUUUUGUUCCCUGGUGCUGUUUACCUAUUAAAGAUGUAUUUUUUGCUGAACAUUUCUGCCAAAACUGUUUAUGAUGGUUUCGUCUCAAUAGUGUAAGACAUUGUCAAUGGUUUGCAAGCUAAACGUUAUUCCGUUGUCGUCUUGUUUUUUAAUUAAACAACAAGAAGGCACUGAACGCGGAACUGCAGAGGUAGCGCCUCCACGGAUAAGGAUUUUGCGAUGCCAUCUGUGGAUGGAAGUCCGCGUAUGGGCACAGGCUUGGGGGCUGCGGACUCUGCAUUGCCAGAAGAAAUGCAGCCACCCAAACCUCCAGGGCAACAUGCUGUAACCGUAUUGUGGUCAUUUGGAAAAUGCCUGGCUACACUUUUACCAGUUUAUCUGGCCGGAUACUUCGGGUUCAGUAUCAGCUUGGUUCUAUUCGGUCUCAUGGUCUACAUCGGAUGGAAACACAGCAAAAACGAGAAAGUAAUGCGUCUGCGGUCAGCUAUGUACGUAUUGGAGAAUGAGAGAGCAUACACCACUGCGAGGGCUUUUAUGAGUAAACAGGAAUUACCCCCAUGGGUCAACUUCCCUGACGUGGAGAAGGUUGAGUGGAUGAAUAAGAUCCUGCAGCAGGCGUGGCCAUUCGUGGGUCAGUAUCUGGAGAAGUUGCUGGUCGAGACCAUUGCUCCAGCCAUACGUGCAUCCAACACCCACCUGCAGACCCUCAGCUUCACCAAAGUCAACCUAGGGGAGAAGGCCAUGAAGGUGGUGGGAGUGAAGGCUCACACGGAGCACGACAAGCGGCAGGUCUUACUGGAUCUAUACAUUAGCUAUGCAGGUGAUGUGGAGAUCAAUGUGGAAAUCAAAAAGUACUUUUGCAAAGCAGGAGUGAAGGGAAUACAGCUACAUGGGAAGUUAAGGGUGAUCCUGGAGCCCCUGAUUGGGGAUGUGCCUCUGGUGGGAGCCAUCACCAUGUUCUUCAUCCGCAGACCUAAGCUGGACAUCAACUGGACUGGGCUGACCAACAUGCUGGAUAUCCCUGGACUCAAUGCCAUGUCGGACACUAUGAUAAUGGAUGCUAUAGCCUCAUACCUGGUCCUCCCCAACCGCCUCACUAUCCCCCUGGUGGCCGACCUGCACGUUGCGCAGCUCCGCUCCCCUCUCCCACGGGGAGUGGUGCGUAUCCACCUGCUGGAGGCUGAGGAGCUGACAGCCAAGGAUACGGUCAUUAAGGGGAUAGUAGACGGGAAGUCUGAUCCGUACGCCGUGCUGCGUGUGGGCACACAGACCUUCACAUCACACACCGUGGACAGCAACCUCAACCCACAGUGGAGAGAGAUGUUUGAGGUGAUUGUCCAUGAAGUGCCUGGUCAGGAGUUGGAGGUGGAGGUGUUUGAUAAAGACCAGAACCAGGAUGACUUCCUGGGCAGGGUCAAAAUGGAUCUAGAUGUCGUACACAAGGCCAGAGUUCUAGAUGAGUGGUUGAAGCUGAAGGAUGUUACAUCAGGCAGUGUUCACCUCCGUCUGGAGUGGCUGUCUCUGCUGUCCUCUGCUGACCGACUCAGUGAGGUUAUCCAGAGGAACCGGAAUAUGACCUGUAAGACUGGAGAACCUCCCUCUGCAGCCAUCCUGUCUGUUUACCUGGACCGCGCUCAGGACCUGCCUAGGAAGAAGGGUAAUAAGGACCCCAGUCCCAUGGUGCAGCUGUCUGUACAGGACACAACCAAGGAGAGUAGGAUCUGUUAUCUGACCUCUGACCCUGUGUGGGAAGAUGCCUUCACCUUCUAUAUCCAGGACCCUCGCAAACAGGAACUCGAUAUUCAUGUGAAGGAUGAUGACCGGGCCCUGUCUCUUGGCAGUCUGUCCAUCCCACUGACCCGUCUGCUGGCUAGUCCUGACCUCAGCAUGGAUCAGUGGUUCCAGCUGGACAACUCUGGCCGCAUCUAUAUCAAUGCUGUUCUGAGGGUUCUGUAUUUAAAUGAGGAUGCCUCUCUUACCAGUCCUGUAUCUCCUCACCCCCCAAGCCCAGGGGCAGGCCUAGCCCCCGGGGAAGUGGGUGGAGCCCCCAUACCUGAACCCACACGACCCCAACAGACCACCCCUGACUCGGACUUUGCUAGUGAGGGUGUGCUGCGUAUCCACCUGGUGGAGGCCAGUAACCUGAUAGCCAUGGAUAACUUCAUAGGGGGCAUGGUGAAGGGGAAGAGUGACCCCUACGUCAAGAUCAGGGUGGCAGGAGUCACCUUCCGCAGCCACACCAUCAAAGAGAACCUGAACCCCUACUGGAACGAACUCUACGAGAUCAUCUUAACCCAGCUGCCUGGUCAGGAGAUCCAGUUUGAGCUGUUUGAUAAAGAUCUGGACCAGGAUGACUUCUUGGGGAGGUUCAAGUUAAACCUGCAAGACAUCAUCAGCCCACAGUUCACUGAUGAGUGGUACACUCUGAAUGAUGCGAAGUCAGGUCGGGUUCACCUGGUCAUGGAGUGGCUCCCCAUGGUCUCAGAGUCCGCCAGACUAAAUCAGAUCCUGCAGUACCAGGCCCAGCAGCAGUACCAGAACAAGGCAGUGCCGUCGGCUGCUGUGUUGUUUGUGUACCUGGAGAGAGCCCACGGCCUGCCGUUGAAGAAGAAUGGAAAGGAGCCAAAAGUUGGGGUAGAGAUUUCGCUGAGGGCCAUGUCAUACAAGACCAAGGUGUGUGAGCGCUCUACGUCUCCUCGGUGGGAUGAAGCUUUCCACUUCCUGGUUCGUGACCCUAAAGAGGAACUCCUUAUAGUGAAGCUGUCCCACAGCUGGGGCCAGGCCAUGGGCACUGUGGUGUUGCCCCUGAGAGAGGUGCUCUCAGAGCAGGGCCUGGUGCUGGACCGAUGGCUGAGUCUGGACGGGGCCCUCCCAGAGAGCCAGAUUCUACUGAGGGCCACACUCAAGAUGUUGAACACCCAGCUGGCAGUGUGUCCUAGUGGUGUGUCCAGUGAUGCUACUGGGAAGGGCAGUGAGGACAGAGACCAUGUCAUCCACAGACGGGACACUGAACCAAACCUACGACACAGAUCACCGCUCUCUCAAUUGAGGCGAGGAGAUGACGGAGGAGAUGUGAGGAGUCGAUUAAAACCAAUUGAGAUUCUCCCCCUGUCUAUCUGUGUCUCCUCUCUCAGAGGUGGUCAGAGCCCUGGCCAGGUGAAGCUGCAAAUUGGCUACUCAACACAUGAGAACAGGCUGUUCAUCACCGUCCUCUCCUGCAGAGGCCUGCCAGCUUGUGGGUCUGCUAAGGACAGCUCCGACCCAUAUGUCUCGUUUAUCCUUCUGCCGGACAAGAACAGGACCACCAAGAGAAAGACCAUCACCAAGAAGAGAGACCUCAACCCAGAGUUUAACGAGAGGUUUGACUUUGACUUCACUCUGGAGGAGUGCAUGCAGAGAAGACUUGACCUGACUGUCAAAAACAGCGUAUCCUUCAUGAGCAGGGAGAGAGAGCUCAUUGGAAAGUUACAGCUAGAUCUUGACCAGGUAGACCUGGAGAAUGGCGACACACAAUGGUACGAUUUAGUAGAGGAGACAAAUUAGAUGAGAGGAUGGCCACACUUUCCUGCAGUGCAAUGGUACUUUUACUGUUGCUUCUUCUGUAUGGUUUAUUUUAUAUUUUUAUUCAGCUAAUGCACAAUGGGACCACCACUGAAGAAUCGCUUAUAUUACCUAUCAUCCCAACAAUAUCACAAUUUAUCUGUGAAUUGAAUAAUUACAAAUGAUAGAUUUGCUUCGUCUUAUUACCUACCGUCUUAGGUAGGCUCUGUAAGAAAGAAUUCCUAAAUUCUAGAAUUCCUAAUUCGAGUCUGAAAAAGUGUUCUUUAGAAUCUUUUGUCUGAGUAGAUAUUUGAUAUGAAGGCAACUAUAUCGCUCCUAAAGGAAUCUAUCUUGAAAAGCACAAAGUAUUUUAUCAACCCCAUAGUUCAGAAAAUGCAGCAAAAAUUCGGAACAUUUUAAACCUUCAGGUAUUUUGAGUUGUUCUCAUCACUUUAGUUCUUAUUUACUACAAAAGUAAUUGUUCUCAGAGGGUACUUUCUUACUUUGUUGCAUUGUUUCAUUUGUUUUAUUGCAAAACUAUAUCAACCAUCUUGAGAUGAGUGUUAAUUGAGACCAAGUCCCAACAUACUGAGUAACGGGUACCGGUAGAUAUCAUGAUGAGGCUGCUGAAAUGUUACCCUGUAGUUUCAGAGCGUUUAUGUGCCAUCAUGGAUGUUUACAAUCCUGAAGUUAUUACUUUUAUCUUUGUUAAAAAAACUUUUAUUUAAUCAAUGCUUUUGUUAGUGUUUUUGUGUUUCUAAUUGUGCCUUCUAUAUUCCAACACGGUGUCAUUUCUGAGAAGAUUGAGAAUGUUUAUGAUCUACUGAUUGCGUUCAUUCUGUUCCAAAUGAAGAAGUUUUGUAUGUUUUAUCAGAUGUAUUUAAAAGCUGAUUUUAUAAUUCAGGAAAAGUGUUAGGAAAUGACCCAGACAUCACAUUUGCCACUGAAAACACACAGUAAUGCACAGUCUGAAUCACUGUGCUUUUAUUUGAUAAAGAGAACAUUAUAUGUGUAGAAGUUAAAUAUGUAGCUAUAUCAUGAAUGUGUAUGUUCACAAUCCAAGACAGCAUUGUGUCAUAUACAGUAUGUUUGUGUGUAAUUGAAUGUAUUUGUAUGUUUGUUGUGCCAGUAGUGGCCUGAGUUCUGCAAUACGUCAGUCAAUCAGUCAUGUUACAAGUUGUGUGUUACAAAACACAAAGUCUUAGACAAAAUACACCCAAAGGGCCGGAUUCCUAGACACAUAUGAAGCCUUUUCGUGGACUAAGAAGCAUGUUCAAUGGAGAUUUAAUGGAGAGUGCUGUUUAGUCCAGGACUGGACUUAAUUUGUGUCCAGGUCACCUGCGAAAGAAGUGAGCUAAUUUUGUGGCAGGGAAAUGUUCUUCCCCCACUGUCAUCUCACUGACAAGGCUUGAAACAUUUAUUAAAAUACUUGAAAGUUUGUUGGCAAAUUAAAAGAAAAAAGUAUUAAACAUGUUGUAUAAGAGAGAGACGUAGAGAGAGAACAGCUUCUGCGCUUUCACACAUGCAUAACAAUCGCCACAUGUCUGUCGUCGCACUUUCAUUAAACGUUUGCACAUUCAAAA